CAUCGUCCCAGCUUUGCAAAACAGCUUGCUAACCCGCUUCUAAACCUGUUUUCUUCUCGGCCAGCGCAAUGGAGGUGACGAUGGACCCUUUGUUUCUCGCGUGGAGCUAUUCCAGGAGGCGGAAACUCCAACAGUGUUCAGAUAUUUGUACAAAAAUAUUACAAGACAACCCAUAUGACCAGGACUCCUCCUUGUUUAUCUCAGAGGCUGCAUGGAGCUUGAAAACUCGUGCUCUGACAGAGAUGGUAUACAUAGAUGAAAUUGAGGUUGACCAGGAGGGGAUUGCUGAGAUGAUGCUGGAUGAGAGCUCUAUUGCUCAAGUUGCACGCCCUGGAACGUCACUGAGGCUCCCUGGAACAAGUCAGGGUGGAGGGCCCACACCAGCUGUCAGGCCUAUGACACAAUCAGGGCGUCCUAUCACAGGAUUUGUGAGACCCAGCACACAGUCUGGGCGUCCUGGGACAAUGGAGCAGGCCAUCAAAACUCCCCGCACUGCAAGCACUGCUCGGCCUGUUACUAGUGCUUCUGGUAGAUUCAUCCGUCUGGGAACAGCUUCAAUGCUAACCAAUCCAGAAGGACCAUUUAUCAACUUGUCAAGAUUAAAUCUGGCCAAGUACUCCCAAAAGCCCAGUUUAUCCAGGACACUGUUUGAGUACAUCUUCCAUCAUGAAAACGAUGUAAAAAAUGCUCUAGAUUUGGCUGCUCAAGCUACUGAACAUGCUCAGUUCAAAGACUGGUGGUGGAAAGUUCAGCUGGGAAAAUGUUACUACAGGCUUGGUUUAUAUCGAGAAGCAGAAAAACAGUUUCGAUCAGCUCUCAACCACCAGGAGGUGGUUGAUACAUAUCUCUACCUGUCAAAGGUUUACCAGCGCCUUGAUCAACCAAUAACAGCACUCAACCUUUUCAAGCAAGGCCUGGACCAUUUUCCUGGUGAAGUCACCCUUCUAACAGGAAUAGCUCGCAUUCAUGAGGAGAUGAACAACAUUUCAUCAGCCACAGAGUACUACAAAGAUGUCCUCAAGCAGGACAACACUCACGUGGAGGCUAUAGCCUGUAUAGGCAGCAAUCACUUCUAUACUGAUCAGCCAGAGAUCGCCCUGAGGUUCUACAGACGGCUGCUCCAGAUGGGGGUGUAUAACUGCCAGCUGUACAACAACCUGGGCCUGUGCUGCUUCUAUGCCCAGCAGUAUGACAUGACUCUGUCCUCAUUUGAGAGGGCUCUGGCCCUGGUGGACAAUGAUGAAGAGAUGGCUGAUGUCUGGUACAACAUAGGGCACGUUGCUGUGGGCAUAGGAGACCUCACACUGGCCUAUCAGUGUUUUAAACUAGCUUUGGCUUUUAACAAUGACCAUGCUGAGGCCUACAACAACUUGGCUGUGCUGGAGCUGCGCAAAGGUCGUAUUGAACAGUCUAAAGCCUUCCUACAGACCGCUGCAUCACUGGCUCCUCACAUGUAUGAGCCACACUUCAAUCUUUCCAUUCUUUCUGAAAAGAUUGGAGACCUUCAGAGUAGCUACACUGCAGCACAAAAGUCUGAGGAUGCCUUUCCUGAGCACGUUGACACUCAGCAGCUUCUCAAGCAACUUCGGCAGCACUUUGCGGUGCUGUGAGCGUCCGACCAGUGUGCUGAGGAAGAA